GGGGGGAUGUGGUCGCGGACUAGGGCCAUUCGCCAAAUUAGCUGGCUGCAGCCUUCCAGGGACACCUCGUACGGAGCACCGGAGCCCUCAGUGCGAUUAAUAUGGCUGCAGAGCUCUCCACGUCCAUAAACAUCAAGGAGCCCCGCUGGGACCAGAGCACCAUCGUGGGCCGUGCUAAGCACUUCUUCACCGUCACCGACCCGCGGAACGUCCUCCUCACCAACGAACAACUAGCACACGCGCACAAAAUCGUCACAGACUACAGGCAAGGUAUAGUCUCCCCGGGGCUGACGGAAGACGAGCUGUGGCGAGCCAAAUAUGUUUUUGACUCGGCAUUCCACCCCGACACUGGAGAGAAGAUGAUCCUGAUUGGCCGCAUGUCAGCGCAGGUCCCAAUGAACAUGACCAUCACUGGGUGCAUGAUGACCUUUUACAAAACGACUCCAGCCGUGUUGCUCUGGCAGUGGAUCAAUCAGUCCUUCAACGCGAUAGUCAAUUACACCAACAGGAGCGGCGACGCUCCCAUCACGGUCAGCCAGCUUGGCACGGCGUAUGUAUCUGCCACCACCGGGGCGGUCGCUACCGCUCUCGGACUAAACGCACUAACAAAGCACGUCUCACCUCUGAUUGGACGCUUUGUUCCAUUUGCUGCUGUAGCUGCUGCCAACUGCAUCAACAUCCCACUGAUGAGGCAAAGAGAACUCAAACACGGCAUUCCAAUAACAGACGAGAACGACAACAGGAUAGGAGAGUCGACCAAAGCCGCCCAGCAAGCUAUCUCUCAGGUUGUGGUCUCGAGGAUCCUCAUGGCCUCUCCGGGAAUGGCCAUCCCGCCGUUUUUAAUGAACCAUUUGGAAAAGAAGGCCUUUUUGAAGAGGUUUCCAUGGAUGAGUGCACCUAUUCAAGUCAGCCUGGUGGGAUUCUGCCUGGUGUUUGCCACUCCGCUGUGCUGCGCCUUGUUCCCCCAGAAGAGCUCCAUAUCAGUUAGCCGCCUGGAGCCCGAGCUGCAAGAGAAGAUCCGUGCCAGCCACCCAGGACUGGAGAGAGUCUACUUCAACAAAGGGCUAUGAGAGCCCUCUUACCCAUCCCAGCCUCUCCAUGGCCACGUUGCAGGCCCUCCUCAUUCAGUGCGCCAAAGUUAAGGUUGCGUCUCCUCAUUUCACGCAGAUAUCCAAGGAUUCUGUCUCGCUUCAGUCAGUGCGAUUUUCUUCAACUGGCUUACCUGUGCAGUAUUUUUUCCACAUUUUUUUAGCCACUAAUUAUUCUCAAACGUCUGCAAUCGUGCCAAAUCCACAUUACCUCGUUUUAUUACAUCGCUAUACUUAAGUCUCUUCAUUUUUGCCAAACGAGCGUCAGUCAAAAAGCUUCUUAAUGGCUCUGGGGACCCAUGAAAUAUGGUGCUAUUUGAAACCUUCAAAAUAACCUUGUUCAUCAUAGUAUUUAUUUUGCUUGACAAACAAGCACCAGAAACCACUCCUCGCUUCAUUCGACAGAGUUGCUAUUCAUGUUUCCUCCUUUAGUCGCCUUUUUUUUAAGGUUGAACAAAACCCAUCUGUAGUGUAAAAGCUCUGCUUUUAUACAAUGCUAAUUCGGAUCAGUACUGUACAAUGUGUUUUAAAAUCAGACUAAUUCAAGUUAAAGUACCAAUGAUUGUCACACACACACACUAGGUGUGGUGAAAUUUGUCCUCUGCAUUUGACCCAUCCCCUUGUUCACCCCCUGGGAAAUGAGGGGAGCAGUGGGCAGCAGCGGUGGCCACGCCCGGGAAUCAUUUUAGGUGAUUUAACCCCCAAUUCCAACCCUU